CCACAAUGACGGUGACUUGUGGUCACGUGACAAAACGUGUUAAAAUGGCGUCCAGCAUUGCUCCCAUGUGUAAUGGGAUUUCUAGAUAUAUUCGUCCGUUAAAGAGACUCACUUUUAACUAUUGCGGGAAGGGAGGGAGCAGUAAAGGAACUAGAGAUUAUUUAAAUUCUCACGUGAUCCAACUUGCCAAAAACCACCCUGAAGUAGCUUUCUAUGUCCGUCCAAGAAAGUAUCGUCAUCCUCGGCUAGUGGCAGAAUACUUGAACGGUAACAGCCAAAUAGUGUCACUAAAGAACAUGGACCCCAGUGAGAUUCAGUGGCACGUCCAUCUUGUCUGUUCCUCCUCCGGAAUAAAGACACAGAAAUUAAAGAAACCUUGGCACACCGAUAACCCUUCGAUACAGGGAACAUGGUCACCAUUUUUGCACAAAUAAUGUACUCCAGCCAUAGCUUGUAAAAUAAUGUCACAUCUUUGAUUCAUUUAUGAUAAUAGUUUUACAAAUUAAA